AUGGAUUAUUUACAUCAUCAUUGGACAAAUAAUAGGCGUCCUUUGAAUAAUACUCCAUCGGGCAGUACAGUUGCCAUUCUAGUAACGGAACAGUUUUCAUGGCGUCGUAGCUCAUAUACGUGCAAUGAUGCAAGCAUCGCUGCACAGAGUCCUAUGAUAGGAGAUCAGGGCUCGCUUACUGUCGUUUCUGGCACUUACCGUUCUUGGAUUCCUAUGACCACACAAACAUACUGUACUGAUUACAAUAUCAAUCUUGAUGUUAGCUUUGGUGAAAAUUCUCAAACAAAAAUAAUACCAGUCGGCAGUAAUUUUAGUAUUGGUUUCGGUUCUUGUUGUUGGUUAACGAAUCUUGUUGUUGGAGUCGCUGGAAGUUGGUCUAUCGUCAGCCGAAUUAAUACUGCGCUUAGACUAGAUGGAUAUAUAAAUUCCAGUCCUUUUGUUGCCACUCUACCUGUUAUCUAUAAGCAAAUUAAUGUUCAAUAUGUACAUGCUGUUCAGAUGUCCGAUCCUGAUCGAACUGAUGUAUUAAAAUGUCGAUGGUCGAGUAAAACAUUACCAAAUACAAAUUCAUACGAUGAAUGUGGUGGUAUAUGUAAUGGUAUUCCUGGUGCCAUUCUUAACGGAAAUAAUUGCACAAUUACCUUUACACUUCAAAAAGCUAAUACAUAUGCUGUACUUGCUUUACAAAUUGAAGAUUAUUAUAGCAACACAACAACAACACCAAUGAGUUCCACUCCUCUUCAAAUUCUCUUCUAUGGUUAUGCUAGUAUUAGUAGUUGCAGUACUCCACCAAUUAUUAUUGGAAAUCAAACAAAUGGAGAUCCUAUUAUUGCACCUAUUGGUUUGAAUAUUACUGAAAAUGUCAUUGCACACGUAUUUUGCACAGGAACUAGUAUUGUCGAUUUUCUUUCCAGUCGUCCAAGUGGUAUGAGCAAGAGUGCAAUUAUAAAUCAAAAUUCAGGUUUCUAUGAAAUCAAUUUUACUUGGACUCCAUCAGCCAGUCAAAGUGGUCUACAAGGCCUUUGUGUUGCAGCCGUUGAUAAUCUCAAUGUUCAGUCUGAUCAAUGGUGUAUUACAUUCUUAGUUACUACAAUAUCACCAGAAGUUACUGGACCUACAAUCGUUCAAGAAACUGUUGCAUUAGUCGAUACUAACUCCACUGUUCAAGAUGAAACAAUACCAACAAUACUGAUCACAACGUCAACAAUACCAAUCACAACGCAAAUUAUACAAGGAUGUUUUUCGCCAACAGUGACACUUAUUCCUGGUUCAUCAACAUUAUUAACACCAAUUGAAUUUCAACGAAGUAGAGAUUUUUACAUCGUUUCAGUUGUUGAGUUUAAUUGUGCCGAUUCAUUAUUAAUCAAUACUCAGUGGAAAAUAAAAAGUUGCAAUACGAGUUGUUCAAAUGAAAUUCAAGUCGGAUCAUCAAUCAUAACAACAUCAAGUGAAUUAUAUAUUCCAGAACAAACAUUUCCACUUGGUAUAUAUGAAUUAGAAUUAACUGUCAAAAUAAUUAACAUGUCAAAUUUAACUACAACAACAUCGGUCUAUGUUGAAAUAAUUCCAACAUUAAUAAAAGUAAAUUUAAUUCAAUAUGCAACAUCGAUGAUCACAUAUGGAUAUGAAGACAAUCUUGUAAUAGAUCCUGGAACAUAUUCAGUUGACCCAGACGAAGAUACAUUCAAUACUGCUAAUUGGAAAUAUGAAUACUUUUGUCGUAUAUAUGGCCAAUAUACUUUUCCAAAUUUGAAUGGUACUUUAUUAACAAUUGAUGAUUUACGAAACGAUUCAUCGAAUCCAUCAUGUUUAACAAAUAGAUUGGGUUGGGAAUUUAAUAAUUCAAUAAAUUCAUCAAUAACUAUUUUAUCUCAUUCUCUUCAACCCAAUCAAACAUAUCAAUUUAUGGUUCAAUUAAUAAAUCGUCGAAAUUCAUCAAUUCAAUCAACUGGUUAUCUAUUUGUUCAAAUCGUAGAUAAUCAUCCGGAUACAAUUCUUAUUGGUUGUGUUAUUCCAACAGCAUGUGAAACAUAUACAGAAUUUCAACGUGUUAAUCCAACAACACAAGUUGCUUUAUUUUCUGUAUGUAGUGGAAACUGUACAACAAUACAAAAUAUAAAAUGGAAUAUUUAUUCUGGCCAAGUCAAUUCGUCUUUGAAAAUUACUAAAUGGACUUUAUUUAAUCAAACAACUAUGUAUGAAAAUAUUUGGUUUUUUGGUAUAAAUACAAGUAAUUUAACAGUAACCGAUGAAUUAUUUCUUGCAAAUGCGCAAAUAAAUCAUUGGCGAUUUGAAGUUGUUUAUGAAUUUGUAACUGAGAAAAGUUUAAGUUCAUUAAAUUUUGUAACAAACCUAGCACCAAAUUAUGGUUUAUGUUCAAUUAGUCCACUUUCUGGUACAACAAGUACUUUAUUUGAUAUAUCAUGUAUAGAUUGGGUUGAUAAUGAUGCAAUUAAAGAUUGGACUGUUUAUGCUUGGACAAAUGAUCUAUCAGAAAGAACCAUUAUUGCUUAUUCAACAAUGUCAACAUUUCAAAUUCGUUUACCAUUUGGAGAUAAUCAAACAUCAUUAAUUCAUUUAAUUAUGUAUGUUCGAGAUAUAUAUGAUAGUACUAUGGAAUAUAAUAUGUCAUCUGUCACUGUUAUACCAGAUUCGAUAACUAUAAAUAAUUUUAUUAAUGAUAUUCAAAAUUCAUCAAGUAAAAUUUUAACAAAUCCAAUAUGUCAAUUACUUUAUAGUGGAAAUCAAAAUCUAGUUGGACAAACAAUGAUUUUACUUUCACAAUAUCUUAAUAAUAUUAAUCGUAAAAAUAUUGAAAAAGCCUUUCUAAAUAAUAUUCCAAUUACAAGUAUUUCAAUUUCAUCAUUAGGAAGUCAAAUUUUACAAAACACAUCAAACGUAUCGAAUAAUUCUUUUUUGAGUGAAUACAAUAAAGAAUUAAAUAUUUAUGCAAAUAUUCGAGAAUAUUUAAUUAAUUUUACACAAAAUCUUCCAAUAACAACAUCGAAUAGUAUUAAAUUACAAGCAACAGUAUUAGCACAAAUAACAAAUGAAACUAAUCAAUUAACAAGAACAACUUUAAGUAUUGCAUCAGAUAAAUGUUAUCAAUUAGCAAUUGCUUUGUAUUCAAUGGCGACAAAAAUUUCAUACGAAGAUGCUCAGACUACAGCAGCUCAACUUAUUCAAUGCGCAGCUAAUAUUUUAAGUGCUGUGAAUGGUCCAUUGCAAGGGCGAACAACUGUAUUAGAUUUGGAUUACAAUCGUGCUAAUAAAUUUUCUGAUGAUUACGAUACAGAUUUAGAUUCUGAAUGGUCAAAACUAAUUUUAUUUGCUGAUGGAAAUGAUUUUUCAUGGAAAACAAUUGAAAUAAAUCGAAAUAAAUAUUAUCAAAAAGAAUUAGCGAAUGAAUUAACAAAUCAAAUGAAUGAUUUAAUAUCAUUAUUAAGUUCAUUAUUAAAUAUUUAUUUAAAUAUUAAACAAAGUUCAAUAAUAAAUACAAGUCAAGUAUAUAUGUCAUUAGAAACAAUAUCAGUUGAAGAUCUUUCAAAUCAUUUUAUCAAACAAAUUGAAAAUGGUCAAAUAGAAUUUCCUCAAAAUUUUUAUUUAAAUCAAAAUAAUAUUUCAAAAAUUUCUAUUCGAUCAAUUAUGAAACCACUUGUUUCAUUUAAUAAUUGGACAUCUUCAUUAAUAAGUACAAAUUUAUCAAGAUCAGCAUCAUUUUCAAUUCUUGAUCAAAAUGGAAAUGAAAUUUCUAUAAAAACAACUUCAGCUAAUCCAAUUAAUAUAAUUAUUCCACGUGAUCCAUAUAUGACUAUUUCAUCAAUGAUCUUACAAAAUGUUACAUCGAUAAAUUCCACUCUUGAUAAUCAAUUCUUUCACUUUCAUUAUGUGAAUAUCACAAAUCCUCUACCUAUUUCAGUUCAUUUUGAUAUUCACCCUUUAAAUGUGACUAUUGCUUAUUUAUUUAUUUAUAAAUUUGAUCAAAUACCUUCAGCGGAUGGUUCAAAUAGUGAUGGAUGGACAAUUUUUUGUCCUUCAAAUUUGACAAACGAAAGUCUUUAUACAUAUUUUAUUAAUAAUCAACAAACAUUAAAUCAUCAAUCGAUCGUAUUCGGUCUCCGAGAAUUAAAUUCAACUGAAAUAGAAAAUCUUUGUUCAAAUUCAUCAAUAAAUAUGACUUUACCAAUAAUAAAUCAACCACGUAAUUUCAUAUCAAAUUAUGAAUUGAGAAUUUAUACAUCCGGUUGUUUCUAUUAUGAGAAAAAUAAUCUAUGGCAAUACGAUGGAUUAAUCGUCGGUCCAUUGACUAAUCAUUUUCAAACUCAAUGUUUUUCAAAUCAUUUAACAACAUUUGCUAGUGUAUAUCAAAUCUUACCAACACCAAUUAAUUGGAAAUAUGUUUUUGCUAAUGCUGAUUUUAGCAAAAAUAAAACCAUUUAUUUAACUAUUAUUAUUGUAUCAAUUAUUUACAUUAGCUUGAUGAUUUAUGCACGUUAUAAAGAUAGAAAAGAUAUUGAAAAGUUGGGCGUAACAUUUUUACCUGAUAAUGACAAGAAGGAUCGAUAUUUCUAUCAAAUUCUUAUUUUUACUGGUCAUCGAAAAGAUGCUGGAACAAAAUCAAAAGUUCAUAUUGUAUUAUCGGGUGAUAAGGAUGAAACACGUAUUCGUACAUUAUCCGAUUCUCAUCGACAAAUUUUUCAACGUGGUGGAGUCGAUGCAUUUUUAAUGUCUGUUCCAAAAUCAUUAGGAUUAUUAAAUUAUGCUCGUAUUUGGCAUGAUAAUACAGGUAAUGGUUCAUCAUCAUCAUGGUUUUUAAAAUAUAUAAUUGUACGUGAUUUACAAACAAUGGAAAAAUUUCAUUUUAUUUCACAACGUUGGUUUGCAGUUGAAAAAGAUGAUGGAAAGAUUGAACGUAUUUUACCUGUUGCUGGUGAUAUUGAAAAACAAGCAUUUUCAUAUAUGGUAUCAAAAAAUGCAUAUCAUAGUGUAUCGGAUGGUCAUUUAUGGUUUUCAAUAUUUUCUCGUCCACCAUCAAAUCAAUUUACACGUGUUCAACGAUGUACAUGUUGUUUUGUUUUAUUUUUUAUUUCAAUGUUUUUAAAUAUAAUGUAUUAUGAUUUAUCAACGGAAUCAAAAACAAAUAAUUCAACAAGUACGGCUAGUUUAUCUUUUGGCUCGUUUUAUCUUAAUUCUCAACAAGUAAUUAUUGGUAUAAUUGUUGAAUUAUUUGCAUUAAUUCCAAGUCUUUUACUUGUACAAUUAUUUCGACGUGUUCAACCUCGUAAAAAACAACUUUCACCAUUACAACAAGUUUUAAAUAAAAUCAAACCAGAUACAGAAAUUCAAAAUCAAACUGAACAAAAGACAACUAAGAAAAGAUCUUCACUAUCAUUUCCUUGGUGGUGUAUAUUUAUUGCAUAUGGAUUUUGUAUAAUAUUAGUUAGUGUUUCAAUUAUUUUUAUAAUUGCUCGUGGUAUUGAAUUUGGUGAUGAAAAAACUCAAAAAUGGUUAAUAUCAAUUCUAAGUGGAUUUUUCUCUUCGGUUCUUUUAACACAACCAUUGAAAAUAAUAGCGUUAGCAAUGUUCUUUGCUUUUUUCUGUCGAAAAUCAAAUGAUGAUAAACAAGCAAAUGAAUUUUUGGAUGAUAAUCAACUUGAUUUAGAUAAUGAUGAAGAAUAUCUUCAUCCAAUUAAGAAGCAUUCUCCAGUUGUUUGUCAAUCUUCACCUCGUGUAAAUCGCUUGAAUAAAGCUGAACUUAUUCAUGCUCGUAAACAACGUUUAAAUGAAAUUCAAAUGUGGUCAAUUCUUCGAGAAGUAUCAAUUUAUUUAUGUUUUAUAAUUACACUUUAUCUUAUAAUUUAUUCAAAUCGUGAUUUAAAUUCAUAUCUUCAAGUUAAUCAUUUACAAAAAUAUCUUUCAAAUUCAAGACAAACUGAUUGUGAUUUUACAAAAAUUACAACAAUAGAUCAAUAUUGGAAUUGGUUAGAGAAUAGUUUUGUUGAAAAUAUUCGUGCUCAAAAAUGGUAUAAUAAUGAACCACCUAGAAAUUUAAGUGGUUUUAUUAAUGAUAAAUCCAAUCGAUUCAUUGGUUGGGCAACUAUCAGACAAUUACGCAUUAAAUCAACAUUAUGUGAUGUUAAAAAUCAAGUUACUUCAACAUGUGAAUAUGAUUAUAGUCUCUUUAAUGAAGACAAAUAUUCAUAUAAACCAGGAUGGACAAAUGAGACAACACAAAACUAUAGUUCAACAAUUAUGCAAUCAUUUCAAUAUUCAACAAGUGAAAAUUUAGAUACAUAUGUAUACGUUGGAGAACAUGGAACUUAUAGUGGAAAUGGUUAUGUAUAUGAAUUUCGUGGUAUUUUAUCAGAACUUCAAAGUAAUUUAUCUUUACUCCAUCAAUUAGAAUGGAUUAAUAAUCAAACACGAGCUGUUAUUAUUCAAUUAACUCUAUAUAAUCCAAAUGUUCAAUUAUUUACUUCUGCUACACUUCUUGCAGAAUUUUUAUCAUCAACUGGAGUAUUUACAACUGCUCGUUUUGAACCAAUGAAUUUCUACACAUUUACAUCAGUAAUUCAAUUAGUUUCAAUAAUUAUUUAUAUGAUAAUAGUCAUGUAUUUUUUAUGGAGAGAAGUUCGAUUACUAUUAAAAUUGAAAUGGAAAUAUUUUCAUGGAUUUUGGUCUUAUAUUGACAUUGGUAUAAUAGCAUGUUCAUGGACUGGUAUUGGUAUUUAUAUUUGGCGAUAUAAUGAAUCAAAACGUAUUGGAAAAUUAUUUAAUGAAACAAAUGGAUAUGUUUAUAUAAAUUUACAAUUAGCAACAUAUGUUAAUGAUAUUUUAAUGUAUUUGUAUGGAUUUUGUUCGUUUUUUGGUACAAUUAAAUUGGUUAAACUAUGUCGUUUUAAUCGACGUCUUUGUUUAUUUAUUGAAACAUUAAAAUAUUGUGGCAGAGCAUUAUUAGGAUUUUUAAUGAUAUUCCUAAUAAUAUUUUUUUCAUUUGUUUGUCUGUUUUACUUAUUAUUUAUUGCAAAACUUGGAUCAUGUUCAACUUUAUUAAAAACAAUACAAAUGUUAUUUGAAACGAUCUUAAUGAAAUUUGAUGCCCAUGAAUUAGUUGAAGCUGGAGGAUUUCUUGGUCCAUUUUCUUUCACUUUAUUUAUUAUUAUCGUUGUUUUUAUUUGUCUAAGUAUGUUUAUUUCAAUAAUUAACGAUGGUUUUUGUCAUGUUAGAGAAAAUAUUCCAAGUGACAAAGAUGAUAUAUUUUUAUUUAUGAAAAAAAGAUUUCAAUGUUGGAUAGGAUGGAAAAAAUCUAUGAACGAAGAACAAGUAAGUACAAUAACGCAUUUGGAAAAUAUGAAUCCAAUGGAACGUUUUCCACACAAAAUUGAUGAAUUAUUGGAUGCAAUUAAUCGAUUUUCAUCGAUUAAGGCAACAAUGGCUGAUAGAGAUUUGACAUAUUUGCCAUCUCGUCAGGCAGUGAACCAUGUUAAAAUGAAUGUAAGAGAACUUCGAGUUGUUGAAUCAAAAAAGUCGAAUGCAACAUUUUGGACAAGAAAAAAACGUUACAUUGCUGCAGCAACCAUAGGUGCUUGUGUUGCUGGUGUUCUCAUAGCAGUUGGUGUAUUGAUACCAACGUUAGUGAAAAAAGGCGAAGAAACAGGUGCAUUAUUUAAUCAUAGAAAAUCAUUAUAUCGAAAAAUGAAACUAAGAAACCCUUUAGUUUGA